AUGAGCAUAUCUAAAAGUUUUUCUACAGAAAGAGAUGAAUUUUUUGAUGAUUUAGUAGACAUUUAAUAUCAGAAAUUGCAUCCACUUUUAACCAGCAGUAAAUUAUAUACCCAAAGUGUUGAAUCUGAAAGUCCUUCUAAAUAUACUACAUUUUGCUCUGGACUUUAGGAUAGUCUUGAAGUUGCAAGUGAGUUUAUCAAGCUUGUGUUUAAAAAUUUAGAUUAAAAUAUUUUCACUCAUCAAAUUGAAUAAAAAGUAAUUCCUUUUAGUGCUAGUAAUAGUUUAUUAUAUUGUGAAAAAAUGCUUCUUUUUGGCUAUCACGAACUAGACGAUGAUAGUUGUAACUAAAAUAUAGAAACUUUAGAAGAAUAAGAACCUAAAAGGUAAAAAAUUGACUAAUGGAUGAGGUCUGUGAUAAAUGUGGAUUUUAUAUUACCAAUUGAAGAAAAUAACUUAUAAAGUAAAAAUGUUGAUAGUGAUAAGGAAUCUACACAUUCAAAAAGUAGUAGAAUUUCCGAUGUCAGUAAAUGGAGAAGGAUUAACACUAGCAACUAAAAGAAUGGAUAAACAAAAAAUAUAGAAGCUAUUUUCGAAGAUCCUGUCCCAGUAAACAUGGAAAAACCACCUGAGUAUGAUGAGUUUGAAGAAAGAGUUAGAGUUAUUAAAAUGUUAGAAAUUAAAAGGAAACAAGAGAUGGAGCUAUAAGAGUAAUAAGCUUAAGAAGAAAUUAAAAAGUAAUAAUAGACAAUGAAAAAAGAAAUAAAGGGUUAUAAAUUUACUUAUGAUUUUGAUGGAAAAAUACUAAAUACUAAAGGAAUAAAAACUGAAAAGCUACCCCCAGCUAAUUAUGUUGUGCAAUAUAACUUAAAAGAUGAUCACCUUAUCAAAGGAAAGGAUACAACAUCUAGUAAACAGGUUAUAAAAAGUAUGAAAGACAUUGAAUCAAAAUCAAAUAUAGUCAAUCCUAAUUUAAUUAAUACAGAUUAUCAAAAGUUUGUAUAAUUGUAAUAACAAUAAAUAUUAAAUGAUAUGAAAAGAAAAAAGUCUCUAACAAAUAAUUAGCCAUAAUAAUAAGUUUCUAGACAAGAAUCGUUUACUAGAUUAGAUAAAAAUGUUAUUAAAAAUGUUAUGUAAUAAUCAACUCCAUUUGAAUAUGAUAGUUUUAUGCCUUCUAUAGGAGUCAAGCUGAUUUUUGAAUCUAAGAUAAAGGAAGGAGAGAAAUACAAACACGAUAUUUAAGAUUUAGAGCAACUAGAUAGAUAAUUAAAGAUGCAUAAAGAGAAUGAGCCAAUACAUAUUACUAAAUCCGAGUAUCAUAAAUUAACAGAAAAAGGAAAUCUGAAUCGUAAUAAUUCGUUGCAAAAUCUAUAUUUAAAUCAGUAAGACACAAAAAAAAACCAAUUACUCCAAUCAAUUAAUUUAGAUUCAAAUAUGUCACAAAUUAACUUUAAUAAAUUUAAUGAUUUUUCGUCUAUUUUUAAAUCAGAGAAUAAAAGAGCUUAAUCCUUGCAUAAUAGUUAGCAAAAUAUGUCUAUUAAAAUUGAAAAUCCAUAACUAAUUUAAGGUUUAUUUGUAUAUUAAGAUGAAUAAAAAAAUGGUCCACUUUCAAAUGAUAAAAAGCUUCCACAGAUUCCUGAAAGAACACAUAAGUCUCAACAGCAAAAGAAAUCGCCUAAUGAUUUAUUUAAUUUAAAUAUACUUGAGGAUAAUAAUUGGGGGAAGGCUAAAGGUGGAACAUUUUAUCCUCCUGAUUAACAUAUAAAAAAACCUACAAAUAAUGAUUUUAAAAAAAGUCUAAGCACUUUAUAUAAGCUACCCAGAGAGAGAGAUUUAUUGUAAGCUAAAAAAAAACAUGAGUUACUUAUUAAUUAAUAAAUAAAAGAGUAAUUUUCUAAAAAAAGUAAUCAAGCAAAAGAUCUAGAAAAAUUAACAAAAGAUUAUUAGCUUGGUUUUAAGCAAACAUUCUACAGUACUAGGUCUGUCUUUGAAAAUAAUCUAAGAAUGACGUAUGGAAAUUUUUGA